GAAAAAAGACAAAAGACAAAAAAAAAAAAAAAAAAAAAAAAAAACCAAGCCGGCUACAGCAUCAGCCGGUCAUCCCAGGUGGAAAGCCACAGUGCAAGUGGGGCUUAAGGGGGAGCGCACCGCCUCUUUCGAAAGCCGCAGGGCCACCACUAGUGUGUGAGCCUUGGAUCCCUCAACGUAUUGCGAGACGCCGGUGUACAGCCCGGACCUGUGCCCCAACAUGAUCGCCGCUCAGGCCAAGCUGGUUUACCAGCUCAAUAAAUACUAUACUGAGCGCUGCCAGGCACGUAAGGCGGCCAUCGCCAAGACCAUCCGAGAGGUCUGUAAGGUGGUCUCGGACGUGCUAAAGGAGGUGGAGGUGCAGGAGCCUCGCUUCAUCAGCUCUCUGAGCGAGAUCGAUGCUCGCUAUGAGGGGCUCGAGGUCAUCUCGCCCACCGAAUUCGAGGUGGUGCUCUACCUAAACCAGAUGGGCGUCUUCAACUUUGUGGACGACGGCUCGCUGCCGGGCUGCGCGGUGCUCAAAUUGAGUGAUGGGCGGAAGCGGAGCAUGUCUCUCUGGGUCGAGUUCAUCACGGCGUCCGGCUACCUCUCUGCGCGCAAGAUUCGCUCGCGUUUCCAGACGCUGGUCGCCCAGGCAGUAGACAAGUGCAGCUACCGGGACGUGGUCAAGAUGAUCGCCGAUACCAGCGAGGUCAAGCUGCGCAUCAGGGAACGCUAUGUGGUACAAAUCACGCCGGCGUUCAAGUGCACCGGGAUCUGGCCUCGCAGCGCGGCACAGUGGCCUAUGCCCCACAUUCCCUGGCCUGGCCCCAAUCGGGUGGCGGAGGUCAAGGCCGAAGGGUUCAACUUGCUCUCCAAGGAGUGCUACUCGCUGACCGGCAAGCAGAGCUCGGCGGAGAGCGACGCCUGGGUGCUACAGUUCGGGGAGGCAGAGAACCGCCUUCUGAUGGGCGGCUGCCGAAACAAGUGUCUCUCAGUGCUCAAGACGCUGCGGGACCGCCACCUGGAGCUGCCCGGCCAGCCACUCAAUAACUACCACAUGAAGACGCUGCUGCUGUACGAGUGCGAGAAACACCCGCGGGAAACGGACUGGGACGAAGCGUGCCUGGGCGACCGGCUCAAUGGCAUCCUGCUGCAGCUCAUCUCCUGCCUGCAAUGCCGCCGCUGCCCGCACUACUUUCUGCCCAACCUCGACCUCUUUCAGGGCAAGCCACACUCGGCCCUGGAGAGCGCUGCCAAGCAGACCUGGAGGUUGGCCAGGGAAAUCCUCACCAAUCCCAAAAGCCUGGACAAACUAUAGGGUGCUGGGGACUGUUUGAAAAGCCACACAAACGGGCGUGCUCUCUCAUACACACACCCCACCACUCAGCGAUAAACAACGGAAACUCUGGACACAAACUUUUAUGUAAGUCACUUGAAACAAACAGGAAUCUGACUGAAGACCUUUCUUAAUUAAGAAGCAAACAAAGAGAGCAAACCAACCAAAAAAAAAAAAAAAAUCACAUUCUUGCACAAAAGUGAUCGUUUUCUUCCAAACAA